AUGGCCGGUAUAUGCACCAACUGCAGCUCUACCAGCGAUUUUGUUUACACUCGUGCACGCUCAACCAAAAUCAAUGAUAUUGGCAGAUAUUUACAAUCAGUGCCUGCUUAUGGCCAGGUGCUAGCUCUACCACGUGCUCAUGUCGACGAAAUGCGCCGCUAUGGGGAACAAAGUGUCAAGAUCUAA